AUGACUUAUCGCGCAAGUCCACAACAAAUUAGUGGAAAAUCGCCUAGUAUGCUGUUGUUCAAUCACGAAAUUCGUACGAAGGUACCGCACAUUGAGUCUAACUCAAAUACAGCAGCAUCGGCACUUGAUCGUGACCAUCGAUCAAAAUGUAGCUUGUAUCAAGCGAAACUGAAAGACUAUCAUGACACCAAGCAACAUGUGUCCCCGCAUAAUUUUCGCGUUGGCAAUGUCGUGUCUUGUGGUAAUAUGAAGCCCAAAAAAUUGAACUCGAAAUUCUCUUUGGCUAAGCACGUUAACAUCGCGCGGGACACAUUCAGUCUAAUCAACGGGGACACGGGUACCACGUUGGUUCGCAAUGCAAAGUACUUAAAGCAUGCGCCUAGUGAGAGCAUAGAUGAUGAUGGCGAAGUAAAAAUUUCUACCAACUAUAAGGAGUCCAACAAUUCUAGUGACUUUAGUUCUAAGGCUUCUGACGCUUGUGACAACACUAAACCUUCUGGUCAUGUUGACGAGCAAGCCUCUCAGAAUGAACAGGUCAUCACCACUAGGUCAUGA